UUAAAAUUCGUCGAUCCGGCAACGUUGUUGGAAUUUGGCCCGUUGCCAAAAAGCAGUAGUCGCGACCAAGAAUUCUUAGAUUUCGCUACGUGACUUGAUUGUCUCGUCCGUCUAUCUUGUCCCAAAAUGCGCCAAUUCGCCAAACUUAUCACCCAAACCGGCCGAUUGACGACUCAGCAAACCCGUAAUGGCUCAUAUGUUUCAUCGAUUAAAACCGCAACUUUAAAUGAGAUGCCAGUACCUAGUGGAUCAUGGGCUGAGCAUAAUGCUGCAAAGCAGAAAUCCUAUAAUUUACAUCUAGUGGCUGGAGUAGCAAUUACCAUUGUCACCAUUUUUGCUGGCAUUCAAACUGACGCGUUUUAUCUGAACUGGGGUCCUGAGUUGAAGAACAAAAAGUGAACCAAGCCAGUUGAAGUAUCCUGUAAAUGACCAUAAGACUACGUAGAAAAAAGUUGUUCCUCAGUGUCUCAAAUAAAGAGCUAAACUAAUAAAGUAUGUGUCAUACUCA